CCUCCUCUCAACCAGCCCCCAAAACCCUAAUAAAAACCAUUGCACCCAACCACCCCCAUACCCCAAAAAAAACUCUGAAAACCCUUCUACCCUCCUCAAAUUCUCCCCCCUAACCCACAAGGAAAGAAAAAGAAAACAAAUUUUUCUUACCAACCAAAUGGACUCAACUCUGACCAUAGGGUUAAGAUCAUCCAUCUUCCACCUCAACACCACCACUUCUAAACCCCACCUAAAAUCACCACCACCACUCUUUGUCCCUCCCUACCUCCAUUUCCCAAGAAACCCCUCUUCCAAUCCCCAAUUUAGACUCAGAGCUUCCUCUAAUUCCACCCCUGGAAAUGGUGUUUCCUCCCAAAACCCCAUCUUCCACAAGCUCAAAACCACCGCCGCCAGCCUUGUCCUCGCCGCCGCCGCCGCCUCCAUGGCCGGAAAAUUCCACCCCUUGCCGGCAAGAGCCGAGACCCCAACAACUGUGAUAAAGGAAGAGCAAGUCCAAGAUCAGCAGCAGCAAGAAGAAGAAGAAGAAUUUCAAGAUCAGUCUUCAGAUUCUUCUACACCCUUGUUGCAAUUUAUCGAUUCGAAUUCGGAGGCAAUAGAGGCAUUGAAAUCGCUUUUGCAGCAAAAGCUCGAGGCAGGGGAGGACGAAGAAGCUUUGAAGGUAUUGAAAAAGCUUGUUUCGGCUCAACCGGAACAGACCGAGUGGAAAUUCUUGCUGGCUAGGGUUUUGAACGAAAUGGGUUGUGCCCAAGAAGCCCGAGAAGUUUUCGAAGAGAUUUUGAAGCUCAAUCCACUCUCCUUCGAAGCUCUGUUUGAAAACGCCUUGUUAAUGGACCGUUGUGGAGAGGGAAUUGCAGUGAUCACGAGGUUGGAAGAGGCUCUCAAGAUUGCGGAGAACGAAGAAAAAACGAAGGAAGCGCGAGACGUGAGGUUGAUAAUGGCACAAAUACAGUUCUUGCAGAAGAAUGUGGAUGAGGCAUUGAGGAGCUAUGAGGAACUAGAAAGAGAGGACCCAAGUGAUUUUAGGCCUUAUUUCUGUAAAGGAAUGAUUUAUAGCUUGCUUGAUAGGAACAAGGAAGCAAGGGAGGAGUUUGCUAAGUACCGGGAGCUUUCGCCCAAGAAAUUUGAAGUUGAGGGGUACUUGCGGAUGCCAUUGUCGAGGAUGAAGCUAUUUGGUACCAAUGAGGAGAAUUGAAUUGGGUUUUGAGUUGAAUCUAUGAGAAAUAAUGAUUCAAGAGACGGGUAUUUGCUCUUGCAAGAAGAAGAUGAAUGGGUAGAGGACCAUUUUCAGUAAGGCCAAUACACACACCUCUGUUGAGUUUUGGUAGUUGUGGCUUUGUAAUUUUUGUUUUUCUAUCAAGAGAAGUGAUGUUUAAUCAUCAAAGAGGAUAUUUGAAUAAUGAAUAUGACUCUUAUUUCUAGUGAAUUUGAAGAUAUGUUGCCUUGCUUUAUGCCAA